AUGGCAGAGAAUGAUGAGAGUAAAAAGAAGUCAUACAAAACAUCUGCUGCUACAGAAGAAGACACACUACCUGAGAUGAUGUCCCAGCUUAACAUAGCGUCAGCUUUCAGCACACAUCCUGCUGAUGAUCAACAUGAGACUGCUCCCAGGCAUUCCCUAGACCUUGCUGAGAGUCUCCCUACUCCUGCUCCAGGCCUCGUUAACCAAAAGACACAGACCCCAAGCCAGAGCACUAACAGAGGAGCUGUUGGCCAAAAUGAGGCCAUGAUCGUGAUGGUGCUGGAUGCAUCAGAGCCAUUGGAAUAUCUGUCAACAGAAAAAGUAAUAAAGAAGAUGUUUCAUGCUACAGUGGCCACUGUGACUGAGUAUUUCAACGUGAAAGUUUUCAGCAUCCACCUGAGAGAGAAGUUCACCAAAAGUAAUGUCAUCAAAAUCGCCAAUUAUAUCAAGUCCGAAGGAAUCCUAGUGAUAAAUGUAAAUUCCUCUGUGACUGAAGCUGGUCCUGACGAAAUGAUUGAAGUCCCCAACAGGCUUAUCAGAAGAGCAGAGGAAACUCUCAUGAUUUCUGAUAUUAACAAGAUUGUAUGUAAAGCACCAUUUUAUGGGUCGUUUACAUUAAACAAGAAAGAGGUGAAGCAAACAAAAACAUUCUAUGAAAUGAAGGACGACACAGGAAAUAUAGAAGUUGUAGGGAGUGGGAGAUGCUUCGACAUCAAAUGUAAGGAAGGAGACAUACUACAGUUCUUUGACUUUAAAAUGACAACAACUAACAAUCAAGUGAAGCUGGAAUCUGGAAAACACAGUUUCAUUAAGGAAAAUAACACUUGA